CAACAACCAUUAAGAGAACGAUAUCCUGUGGAAGAUACGCCAGAAACACGUGGAAUCGACUCAUGGUUAUCCGUAUGGUCGAAUGGCAUCCUUCUUGAAUACAUCGAAGGUGACAAAAAAAGUGAGACGGCGUUUUUUCCCAUCAACACAUUGCACUAUUGCGCUGCAGUACGUUACGUGAAUGUUACCGGAUAUGCAGUUGAAGGAGGUGGUGAACGAUUUCUUCCACUUGACUCACCAUUCGCCAAUAUCCCAGACUCGCCUCAUCCACCAAUUUUUGCCGCAAUUAUGAGAAGAACCACCGGAGUGAAAGUGGGUUCUUCUGGUCUUGGUUCGAUCCUUGUGAAGAACGUUAUAUGUUGGGAACAUUUCUUGAAAAGGAUAUUCUCAUUUCUAGCGCUGCAACUUUACGGUAUUAUGAGUUUCCCUCUUUUAAACGAUCAGAUAUAA